AUGACGACUGCAUGUACUAAGAAAGUUUUAUUAUUUGGCGAAGCUAGCGAAUUAGUUGGUUGCAAAGAAAUUACCAUACAAUUUCCUACAUUGUGUACUGAUAAAACUUUGAAAGAUAUUAUUACUGAACAAUUGGACAAAUUGAAACCUAUUAAGGACUCUCUAGCAAUUGCAGUGAAUUGGAAUUAUACAGAUAUUAAUACAAGUUUAAAUCAAAUAUCUAUUGAAGAUAUUGAAGAAAUCGCUAUUUUACCACCGAUUAGUGGAGUUUUAACGAAAUUUAUUGUUUAUACAAAGAACUCCCGAUAUUUCAUCAAAAUAUCUACUGAACCAAUUCAAUAUUCCACUGUAUUUGAUUUAAUUAGUGAUUCUUCUGUUGGUGCUGUUUCCACAUUUUUUGGCAUCAUUAGAAAAUAUGAUAGAGAAGGAGUAGUUGUACAAGCUUUGGACUAUGAAUGUUAUUUGAAAAUGGCUUAUUUAGAAAUGGAGAGGAUUAUUCAAAAUUCUUACAAACUAUGGCUGUCAUUAGUACAUGUCGUUGUAUUUCAUAGAUAUGGAUUAAUUCCUGCUGGAGAGAUUGGCAUUGCAAUCGCUGUCAGUUCACCACAUCGUAAAGAUAGUCUUGAUGCUGUGAAAUUUAUUAUCGACUCAGUUAAAUCACAUUUACCAAUUUGGAAAAAGGAAAUUUAUGAAGAUGGUACAUCGAAAUGGAAAAGAAAUAAUGAAUGUUUCUGGUUAUGUGAAAACAAAUAA